AUGGCAGGGAGCGCCAACAUAGGAGGAGGGGAAGGAGGGAAGGAUAUACCGUGGAUAAUGAACUCAGCUUCUCUGCCAUUACAAGCAUGGUGGCCGUUUGCGAUCCUCUUAGUCACUUCUGCCGGUUUUCAAGAAAUUCUAAGGGUUUUCUUCCGAAAUGUCACUGCUAACUUUAUUCUGUACAGGAAGUUGGAAGAUAUCCUGGAUACUUUUGCUGACAGAGUUUCUAAACCACACCUUUAUCUGACUGAUAAGAUGCAAAUCGCCCUUGCUGGUGGUUUGGGUCAUGGUGUGGCCCAUGCUGUCUUUUUCUGUCUAAGCCUGUUGACACCUGGGUUUGGUAAGGAAACAUUUUACGUUGAGAGGUGCUCACCGAUGCCAUUUUUUCUCGUCUCUGCCUGGUUUUCUUACAUAAUUUGUUACCUCCACACGUUCUCCAUGGUUAUAGCUUUCAAUGGGUACGCAGAAGGGAACAAAUCAGACCAAAUAUUCGUCCCAGCAGUUCAUCUAAUUGCAGUAUCAAUGGUUUUCCUUUUUUUUUCCUAUGAUUUAAUACUGUACUGA